AAAAAGAUUGCAGCACCACAAUUUCGCAUAUGGUCUCCCACUACACUACUCAGUGUGGCCCUAUGCAGCUUAACUAACGUUGAUCGGACGGGAAACAGUGCUUCCUGCAUGGUAUGGCCGCAACCGACAGACUUCUACAGAUGUUACUUUCGGCCAAGAGGGUUGCGAGAAUUGUAUAUGUGA